AUGAGUGAGUCCGUGGUCGUAGCGAUGACAGGUGGAGGUGAAGUGAGCGUUUUUUUUUUCCACCACGCCGAUGCGAUGGGCGGAAGACGUGAAUGCAUAAUGGCCGCCGAAUACAACGCCGUUCGUCGUCGUAAUGGCCGCGUCUUCGCCACGGAUGAUUCAACGCCUAACGUAACUCUCAUUCAGAUUCUUCUCACCACCAUCAUCACCACCACAUCAGCGUCGGCCAUCAGCGCCGCCGCUAAAUGCUACAUACAUAUCGACACCGCUGAUGACACUUCCUGGGACGAUGAUGAUGAUGAUGAUGAUGAUGACGACGACGAUCUCAAAUCUUCUAGCGACCCCCUUCACCUCCCGAAAAAAACCCCUGGCGAGCGUCAACAACGACGUCAACGAUGCGAGCAUCACCGUUCCCCGUUCCGUGUGGUGUUCCUUGUCUCCUCAUUGCAUAGGUGCUGGGUGAAUUACUUAUGUCAAUAG